UUUCCUGUGGGGGGGAGGGCCCGCCAAUGAGGGCCGGGCCUAUCACGUGGGCCUGACAGCUGGGGAGGGGAUGGCCGGCGACAAUGUGGGCCUGAGGCAGCCACCGUUGAGAGCCACAGCCUUGAGACCCCCAACCUGCCAGACCCCAGCCCGCCCGUCUCAGGCCACCAGCCCGGGGCCCCACCAUGUUCUCCAGGAAGAAGCGGGAGCUCAUGAAAACCCCUUCCAUCUCAAAAAAGAACCGGGCGGGAAGCCCCAGCCCACAGCCCUUGGGGGAGCUGCCCCGGAAAGACGGGCCUGACACAGUGUCCCUUGGACCCAGCCUGGAGCCGCCAAGUGCAGCCUCGAAUGCCAAGGCCACGGGCACCCUCAAACGACCCACCAGCCUGAGCCGCCAUGCCAGCGCCGCUGGCUUCCCGCUGUCCGGCGCCAGCUCCUGGACGCUGGGUCGGGGCCACCGCAGCCCACUGGCCGCAGCCAGCCCCGCCGAGCCUCCCGUCGAGGGUCCCUGCCCUGAUACCGGCGAGAUCUCUCACCUGCUGGCCGACGUGGGCCGCUUUGCCAAGGCCCUUGAGAAGCUCAAGGAGUGUGUCCUGAGUGACGACCUCCUCGAGGCCCGCCGGCCCCUGGCCCACGAGUACCUGGGCGACGCCCUUCGUGUGAUGCGCCAGAUCAUUUCCAGGUACCCGCUGCUGAACACCGUGGAGUCGCUCACUGCUGCUGGCACCCUCAUUGCCAAGAUCAGAGCCUUCCAUUAUGAGAGCAACCAGGAGUGUGACAAGCAGGAGUUUGAGAAGGCCCUGGAGACCAUCGCUCUCUCCUUCAGUAACACUGUGUCUGAGUUCCUCAUGGGGGAAGUGGACAGCAGCACUCUCCUGUCAGUGCCCCCUGGGGACCCCAUCCAGACCAUGGAGAACCUGUACAGCCCGGGCAGCGAAGGCGCCGUCCCCAGCGCGGACGACUGCGAAGCCGGUGAGCCUCCUCUGAGCCGGGAUGGGCAGGCGCCCGCGGGUCGGGCCGAGGGCGGACAGGAGGGCUGGGGGCGCCGGGCUGCGCUCAGCGGGUCCCCCGCAGGCUGCCUGGCCCCGGAGGAGGUGGACAUGCUGCUGCAGCGCUGCGAGGGGGGCGUGGACGCCGCGCUGCACUACGCCAAGAACAUGGCCAAGUACAUGAAGGACCUCAUUGGCUACGUGGAGAAGCGCACGGCGCUGGAGAUGGACUUCGCCAAAGGUGUGCAGAAGAUCGUGCACAACUGCAGGCAAAGUUUCAUGCAGCAGCCCCACAUGCCGCUCCUGUCCAUCUACUCCCUGGCCCUGGAGCAGGACCUGGAGUUCGGCCACAGCAUGGUGCAGGCGGUGGGCACGCUGCAGAGCCAGACCCUCACGCAGCCCCUGAACCUGAGGCGGCUGGAGCAUGAGAAGCGCAGGAAGGAGAUCAAGGAGUCGUGGCACCGCGCCCAGAGGAAGCUGCAAGAGGCGGAGUCGAACCUGCGCAAGGCCAAGCAGGGCUACACACAGCGCUGCGAGGACCACGGCAAGGCCCACUUCCUGGCGGUCAAGGCCGAGGAGGAGCAGGCCGUCACGGGGCCCGGGGCCGCCGCCUCCAAGACCCUGGACAAGCGGCGGCGUCUGGAGGAGGAGGCUAAGAACAAGGCCGAGGAAGCCAUGGCCACCUACCGGACGUGUGUGGCCGAUGCCAAGACGCAGAAGCAGGAGCUGGAGGACACGAAGGUGACGGUGCUGCGGCAAAUCCAGGAGGUCAUCCGGCAGAGCGACCAGACCAUCAAGUCGGCCACCAUCUCCUACUACCAGAUGCUGCACAUGCAGACGGCCUCACUGCCCGUGCACUUCCAGAUGCUGUGUGAGAGCAGCAAGCUGUACGACCCGGGGCAGCAGUACGCCUCCUACGUGGGCCAGCUGCAGCGGGACGAGGAGCCCGACGUGCGCUAUGACUUCGAGCCCCACGUCUCCGCCAACGCCUGGUCCCCAGUCAUGCGCACCCGUAAGGGGAGCCUUGUCAGCGAUGCCACGGGGGCAGAGGCCACCGGCAGCCCUGAGGAGGAAGGUGGACCCAGCAAUGGCACACCUGCCAAAGAACACAGGGGUGGGCGUGGACACCAGGUGCACAAGUCGUGGCCCACCACCAUGUCAGACUCAGAGGGCAGCCUGGACCCCAGCCCUGGCUCAGGGGAUUUUAAGAAGUUGGAGCGGAUGUCAUCCAGCGGCACCAUGUCGUCCAGCGAGGAGCUGGUGGACCAGGAGGGCAGCACAGGGCCGUCAGCCUUUGAGCAGGCUGACCUCAACGGCAUGGCCCCCGAGCUGCCAGUGGCCAUGCCCAGUGGGCCUUUCCGCAACGUGGGGCUGUCCAAGGCUGCCCGCACGCACCGUCUGCGAAAGCUGCGCACGCCGGCCAAGUGCAGGGAAUGUAACAGCUACGUCUACUUCCAGGGGGCUGAGUGCGAGGAGUGCUGCCUCGCCUGCCACAAGAAGUGCCUGGACACGCUGGCCAUCCAGUGCGGCCACAAGAAACUCCAGGGUCGCCUGCAGCUCUUCGGCCAGGACUUCUCGCAGGCGGCCCGCGGUGCGCCCGAUGGCAUCCCCUUCAUCGUCAAGAAGUGCGUCUGUGAGAUCGAGCAGCGGGCGCUGCACACCAAGGGCAUCUACCGUCUCAACGGGGUGAAGACGCGUGUGGAGAAGCUGUGCCAGGCGUUCGAGGCCGGCCAGGAGCUGGUGGAGCUGUCACAGGCCUCACCCCACGACAUCAGCAACGUCCUCAAGCUCUACCUGCGGCAGCUGCCCGAACCUAUCCUCUCCUUUCGCCUCUACCACGAGCUCGUGGGGCUGGCCAAGGACAAUCUGAAGGCGGAGGCGGAGGCCAAGGUGGCGUCCCGGGGCCGGGCAGACCCUGCAGAGACUGAGGCCGCGGCCAUGGCCAUGGCGGGCCGGCUGCGGGAGCUCCUGCAGGACCUGCCCCCCGAGAACCGGGCCACACUGACGUACUUACUGCGGCACCUGCGCAGGAUCGUGGCGGUGGAGCAGGACAACAAGAUGACUCCGGGGAACCUGGGCAUCGUGCUCGGACCCACACUGCUGCGGCCAAGGCCCACCGAGGCCACCGUGUCCCUGUCUUCCCUGGUCGACUACCCGCACCAGGCCCGCAUCGUGGAGACCCUCAUCACCCACUACGGCCUGAUCUUUGAGGAGGAACCCGAGGAGGUGCCUGGGGGCCAGGAUGGCUCAGAGGCGGCACGGGCCGAGGCAGGGGUGCAGGCGCCCUACCCGGAGGGGAGUGCGGGGGCCACCGUCCCCCUGCAGGAGGCGGCGGAUGGCGGCCCAGAAUCCAGGGUGGCCUCCAAUGACUCUGAUUCUGAGGUAGAGGAGGCCUCAGAGCUGCUGUCCCCAGCGGACAGGGGACACCGCCUCAGUUUCCAGGAGAAGCAGGGCAGCGAGGCCAGCACGGAGGUGGCCCAGGGCAGCCGCAGCGGCAGCGAGGAGCAACUGGGCGACAGGGAGGGCCUGACCCAGCAGCUUGCUGAGUUCAACGCCAACCAGUGCAACAACGUGGCUAAGGUCCCACUGCCCGACAUGGGGCUCCGCGGUGGACGGCUCGAGGCAGGCACGGGCCCGGGGCGGCAGCCAGAGUGUGUGUAGCUGGGGCGCCGGGCCGGCCGGCUGGUGGCUGAGGAGGUCUCUGGGGACGUCUAGUCACUGUGAGGCCUCAUGCUGCGAGCCCAAUGCACUGAGGCCGCUGCUGGCUGCCUUUUCCAGAAGCUCCCAGGAGCACAGGGAGAGGCAGAGGCCUGCCCUAUGUUCGCCUGUGUGCCGGGGCUGUGUGAAGAAGCCAUGUGCACCCCUGCUGAGUGGCCCUGCCCUCGGAGCCAGCCACCCUGUGGGCCACCAGGCCGCCAUGGAAGGCCACGCUGGAAGCCCGAUGGCGGGGUCCAGGAGGCAGUGUCGGGCCCCACGGGGUGUAGGCAUGUGUGAUGUCCAUCCCGGGUCACGAUGUAGGUUUUUCAAGUGCACAUUUUGCUUAAAAUAAAGUUUUAAAUCUGA